CAAAAUUGAAAACAUAACCUAGAAUUUCUACUGAAUUUACAGUAUAAAAAUUAAAAAUGAAGCUGAAUUAGUACAUAACAAUUAAUAAUAAUUAAAUUUAUUUGGGAAAAGAGUAAUAAAGCGAAUAAAAAUGCGUUACUUACAGUAUCUAAGUUUACGUCGUUCUUUAUUGGGAUCGAAUGCAAAAAAUAUACAGGCAGAUAUACGAAACAUCGUUCAAAAUAGUUCGUAUGCAGCAAAACAAAAGACCGCAAGUUCUAUAUACCGAACUAUGAAUAUAUUUGAUAGGAAAACUAAGAUGAUACAAAGAGAAAGAGCAGCCUGUAACGAGGAAUACCACUUGUCUGAAUACGUUAAAGAAGAAAUUGGUUGGCGGACAGCUGACAAAAUAUUCGACAUUAAAAGAACGUUCAAAAACGCUGUAGAACUGGGAGCCUCUCGUGGAUAUGUAUCACGACACUUCCUGCCGGACAGCGUGGAGAAGGUGACACUGUGUGACACAUCCAGAACUCAUCUCGAUAAGGCAAUAGUUGGUGAGGGCGUUCAAUAUGAAAAGAUGAUAAUGGACGAGGAAAAUUUUGAAUUACCAGACGACAGCGUUGAUCUGUUGGUUUCAUCGCUUACCUUCCACUGGGUGAACGACCUUCCAGGACUCUUUGACAGGAUAAUGAAAUGCCUCAAACCUGAUGGUGUGUUGCUGGCUUGCACCUUCGGUGGAGACACCCUGAUGGAGCUGCGUCAGGCGCUCCAACUGUCUGACUUGGAGCGGAGAGGAGGGGUUUCUCCUCAUGUAUCACCGUUUACCAGACCCACGGACAUUGGGGGUUUGCUCAAUGCUGCUGGUUUUACGUUGCAAACAGUGGACAUAGACAAAAUGACGAUUUGGUACCCCAGUGCCUUUGAGUUGAUGCGCGACCUAAGGUUGGCUGGCGAGAACAACGCAGCCCACAAUCGUUCGGGACAUCUGCCCCGGGACGUGCAGUUCGCUGCCGCCGCCAUAUACGACCAGAUGUACGGGAAGGACUUCCCCGAGAGGGGUUCCAGGGGAGUCCCGGCUACGUUCGAGAUUAUCAAUUUCGUCGGCUGGAAGCCUGACCCCUCCCAGCCGGCUCCGAUCCAGCGCGGCUCGGGACAGGUUUCUCUGAAGGAUCUGCACAAAAUCGACGAGAUAUUACAGAAGACAACCACGAUUAAAGUUGAUGAUGAUGAUAAUAAAUAAAUAAAUUGAAUAAAAACA